GACUCUCCUGACAUAGACAUUUUAUAGAUGUAUAUUUGAAAACAUUUAUCCAUGCUUAUAAAUGGCACCGUAUGUGUUAUUUUAAUGGCUACCAAGCGUUGUAUAGAUUAAAUAUAUAUAUAGAUAUAUAUUGGGGGCGGGGGGACAACAACGGCGCCCCCCCACAUUCGGACCUUCUACAGGUGGUAAGGAUCUACAUCCGCGGUAAAAAGUAGGGCGGCGUCGUAGUAUUUGAUUGUAAAGAAGGCUAGAGUGCUAGGAGAGGACUAAAAUGGAUACGCUGAAGAAAGGACUGCACAAAGCCCAGGAAGGAGCGGCGGCGGUGGCGACGAAGACCAAGCAGGGAGUGAGUGGCGCGGCCGAGAUGACCAAAGAUGGGGUGCUGUUCGUCGGCACUAAGACAAAGGAUGGAGUCACAACAGUCGCCGGUAAAACAGUGGAGGGGGUGAGUCAGGUGAGCGGAGCAGUGCUUACCGGGGUGACCACGGUGGCCCAGAAAACAGUGGCGGGGGCAGGCAACAUCGUGUCCGCCAAGGUAUUGGUCAAGGAUCCCGCCAAACGAAGUGACCAGAAUUCCGCUACGCACAAUGAUUCGCCGGUGGAUACCGACAACGCUGAGGCCAUGGAGGAUGACACAGAUUGAACAUGUUUUAAGAUGGACUAUCAGAACAUUCCACAUACCUGCCAAGUCCCGUCGUGCCUCAUCUUGGUCUUCUAUGAUGUGUGUGCGUGUGUAAAAUUGCUGUGCUGAAAGGUGUUGGGUUGUGUGUAUUUGUAUUGUGUGUGUCUUUUGCACAUCAGCAAAUGGACCUCAGGUGUCUUGUUCUUUGUAACAUUGAUAAUGCUACGUUAUCGCUGUGUGUGUGUCAGUAAAUAGCACAUGGAACUAUACAGCAAUGACAAAAAAAACAUCUAAGUGUCUCUAUAUGAACAACGACCAUGACAAUGUUCUCAAUUUUUUUGCUAUAGCUUCAAUUUGUGUAUCCAUAUUGUAUUUUCAUCAUGAAAUCAGAAAAUAAAAGGAUGUAUUCUGUCUUAUUGGAAUUUAAA